AUGUCGUUGUGGAUUGAGUGAGCGCAGCAGACUCACGACUCACGACUCACGACUCACACAUAUAUGCACACCAUUCUUAUCACAAAGGCAGCCCGACCACUACCCUUCUCGCACCAUGUCAGCAGCAGCAGCAGCAGCAGCAGUGGUGGGAGCUUCGAGCAAACGUCGAGCUCGCUCAUCCAGCGAUUCAUCUUCCUCUUCCUCUCCCUCUAGCGACAUCGACUUUAUCAACGUCUCUUUCGACUUUACAUCCCCCACCGACAUCGAUUUCCACUCUAUCAAGCGUCAAUUGCAGCAACUAUUCUACACCUACUCGACGCGUGAUGAGCAAUUGGAUCUUGGAAAAGUGGCGGAUCAUGUGAUUGGCUUGGCUGCGUCCAGUGGAGUGGGAACGGUGGUGAAGGUGGAUCAAGAAGAUGACAGCGAUCCUUAUGCCUUUGUGAGCUUGGUCAAUCUAAAGGUGAGUUUGCCAGUCGGAUCAUAAUGCUACACUGCAUGGGCACGACGCAGACGCAGACGCAGACAGAAGAUCCCCCGCCAUUCUCUCACACCUUGACCUCGCUUUGCCCAUUCACACCUUUGGCACGCACCCCGCCAGGACACGUGCUCCUCAGCUUCUCAAACGCUGCACAACUUCUUCUCUGCAAGACUCGCCUCCAAGUCCGUCGGUUCAAGCUCUACGGCCUCGCAAGCCAUCUCCGACGUACUGUCGUCCAGCAACACUGCCCAUCGACCGUAUUUGGUCCUGCACGAGAGGAUGGUGAACCUGCCUGCUCAGAUAGCCACUCCGCUCUAUCGUAUCCUGGCACAAGAAAUCGAAAGUCAAGUGGCACAGGUGAGCCAAGCUGCAGCGAGCGUGCUUUUGCAGCACAGAGGGCAGCUCUUUAGACGCUUUUCGGGGGGCUAAUACGACCCUGUUUUGCUUGUGUGGCCCCCUUCCGUUUGUCUCGUUGGCAAGAAACCCACCCACCUGAUCUUCUUUGCUCGCAUAUUUAGCGCCGCAGCUUUCAGCUCCGACGAAGAAUCGGCAUCGGAAGACGGUGCAUCUUCCACGAAGCAUCAGCAACAAAAGAAGAGACGAAGAAGAGGGACAAAGACGAAGACGUCGACGUCAUCAUCGUCAUCGGCUGCUGA